CUUCUUCACACCAGAUACAACUCAUCAAGAAGGAGGAACUCAACUCUGAACAACAGACACACCUGAUGAGGCCAAACUGAAGGCGCUCUGCUCCCAACAAACUCCUGAAGGCUCUUCCACUUCGCUUCCUCUCGUCUUUCUUCCUGUAGGCUCGCUCUCCAGACUCCGCCGCCAUGCCUCCUCAGCUCCCGUCCCCGAACCAGAACAGUCCCAGGAUCCUGCAGGGCGACCUCAGCGCCCUCAGCCCGGCCGUCAAGGAGUUUGUGGAUGCCAACGUGAGUCUCUGCCAGCCCGACUCCCUGCACAUCUGCAACGGCUCCGACGAGGAGAACCGGGCCAUCCUGACCCAGCUGGAGGAGCAGGGGAUGAUCAAGAAGCUCAACAAAUAUGAGAACUGCUGGUUGGCCAGGACCGACCCGAGGGACGUGGCUCGUGUGGAGAGCAAGACUGUGAUUGUGACCCGGGACCAGAGGGACACGGUGCCCACGCCGCUGGAUGGCGGGGUCAGCCAGCUGGGCCGCUGGAUGUCCCCGGAAGAGUUUGACAAAGCGAUGACUCAGCGGUUCCCCGGCUGCAUGAAAGGUCGUACCAUGUAUGUGAUCCCCUUCAGCAUGGGUCCAAUAGGUUCCCCGCUCUCUAAGAUCGGCGUGGAGCUGACGGACUCUCCCUACGUGGUGGCCAGUAUGAGAGUGAUGACCCGUAUGGGGACAGCCGUGCUGUCCGCUCUGGGGACGGGCGAGUUUGUCCGCUGUCUGCACUCAGUCGGCUGCCCGCUGCCCCUUAAACAGCCCUUGGUAAACAACUGGCCCUGUAACCCCGAGCAGACGUUAAUCGCUCACAUCCCGGACCGCAGGCAGAUCGUCUCCUUCGGCAGCGGUUACGGAGGAAACUCCCUGCUGGGGAAGAAGUGCUUCGCUCUGCGUAUCGCCUCACGUAUCGCCAAAGAGGAGGGCUGGCUAGCAGAGCACAUGCUGAUCCUGGGCGUCACCAACCCUGCAGGGCAGAAGAAGUACAUGGCAGCCGCCUUCCCCAGCGCCUGCGGGAAGACGAACCUGGCCAUGCUCUGCCCGACGCUGCCCGGCUGGAAGGUCGAGUGUGUGGGAGACGACAUCGCAUGGAUGAAGUUCGACGACCAAGGAAACCUUCGAGCAAUCAACCCUGAAAACGGAUUUUUCGGAGUUGCGCCCGGCACCUCAGCCAAAACCAACCCCAACGCCAUGGAGACCAUCGUCAAGAACACGGUUUUCACCAAUGUUGCAGAGACCAGUGAUGGCGGCGUGUACUGGGAGGGAAUGGACCAGUCACUGCCGGAAGGGGUCACCAUCACCUCCUGGAAGAACAAGCCCUGGAGCUCAGAGGAUGGUGAAUCCUGCGCUCACCCGAACUCUCGUUUCUGCACUCCGGCCGGGCAGUGUCCCAUCAUCGACCCACUGUGGGAGUCCCCGGAGGGAGUCCCCAUCGAGGCCAUUAUCUUUGGAGGGCGCAGGCCAGAAGGUGUUCCUCUGGUAUACGAGGCUUUCAACUGGCAGCACGGAGUGUUUGUUGGAGCAUCCAUGAGGUCAGAGGCCACCGCUGCAGCUGAAUACAAAGGCAAGAUGAUCAUGCACGACCCCUUCGCCAUGCGCCCCUUCUUCGGCUACAACUUCGGCCAGUACCUCUCUCACUGGCUGAGCAUGGCUGACCGCCCCGGCGUCAAGCUCCCCAAGAUCUUUCACGUCAACUGGUUCCGCAAGAGCCCUACCGCCGGAUUCCUCUGGCCCGGUUUUGGCGACAACAUCCGCGUGCUGGACUGGAUGUUCAGGCGGUUGAAUGGCGAGGCUGGCGCCACGCCCUCUGUCGUGGGCUACCUGCCCUGCCACGACUCCCUGAACCUCCAGGGCCUGCAGGGCGACGUGGACCUCAACGAGUUGUUCUCCCUGGAUCAGGAGUUCUGGCAGCGGGAGGUGGCGGAGGUGAGGAAGUACUUCACCACGCAGGUGAAUGUUGACCUGCCCAACGAGGUGGCCCGGCAGCUGGAGCUCCUGCAGCAGAGAGUGAAGGAGAUGUAAUGAGGAGGGAAGCACAUUGGAAAUUCUAGAGCAGAAUUUUAUUAAAUCUUGAACGACUAGAAGAAAUUCCAGAACCGGAAUGUGAAUAAUUCUAGAACAACACCUCACUGUUAUACCGAGAGAUUUUUAUGAAGAAUUUCUUUCUUUGAGGUGGAGCUUCAUGAAAGAGGAACAAUUUUUACUGCUAAUUUUGUGUGUGUGUUUUCAUUAGCUAGAAAUCAUCCCCAGAUUAUUGUUCUGAAAACACUUCUGCUAAGAUUGGGCUGGGGAUGCUGAAAUGAAUUAUUAAUUAUAAUUAUAUAAACUUGUAGAAAUUGUAGCGUUAAGAAACACUCUGAAGAACGCUGAGGAAAUGUUUUCUGUUUCCAUUCACAUGCUGUCGUAAAACAGCGCUACGUCAAUGUUUGUCCUGCAGUACGUCUGAAUUCUACUAUUUAAUAAUAACUUAUUAUGAGUGUCGGUGCCAUAUGGACUUGGAUGGCACAGAGAGAGUAAACGAGUCGAUGUUUGAAUCCCUGAACUUGGAGGAAAUGUGUGUUUUCUGUUCCUGUUUGUAUUCUUAAUU